GCUGCUAACAGCAACAGGGAUGAGUCAGUGAGUCAGUUGGGCCUGUGAAUCAUGAUUCAUGAGUCAGUAAAGUGAUUCUCGAGUAUUGAACGAUUUGUUCAUGAUUCGCGCAGCACUAAUCACUACUGUCCAGUCUCUGAGGUGACAGCACUGCUGUGGCUCCUACAGCUUCAUGCACAGCCUGCAGAGCUGAUGGAGUCUGCUCUCAGCUGCACAGCAGUGAACACCAGCAGCACCACCCGUUAGCACACAGUGCUCCCUCUGCUAACAAAGGACUGUGAGGCUUCCUGUACCAACUGACAGGAUCCAGCUCUGCAGACAGAUGGAGGAGAUGGAGGAGCAAAGGAAGAGUUUAGAAAUUGAUUCUCCACAAGCGGAACAAAGAGGCAAAAAUGGCCAGAGACCUCAGCACUGCAGUGGGCCUGACAAAGCUCACCCACCAGCCGCAAAGGGAAACAGAGUGCAUCGUUGUGUCGUCUGUGGAAAGGCUUUCGCCAAGAUGGACCACCUCAGAAGACACCAACGCAUCCACAGUGGGGACAGACCCUUCAUCUGUGAGCAGUGUGGAAAGGGUUUUACUGAGUCGAGUGAUUUAAAAAAGCACCAGCUCAUCCACAGUGGGGUUAAACCAUUCAGCUGUGAGCAGUGUGGGAGGUGUUUUAUUCGGAAGAGUGAUUUAAAACAGCAUCACUUCGUCCACAGUGGGGUUAAGCCAUUCAGCUGUGACCACUGUGGAAGGGGUUUUACCUGCGUUAGUAAGUUACAGAGACACCAGCUCAUCCACAGUGCGGUUAAACCAUUCUGCUGUGGUCAGUGUGGAAGGAGUUUUAAUGAGAUGAGUGAUUUAAACAGUCAUCAGCUCACUCACAGUGGAGUUAAACCAUACAUCUGUAAUCAGUGUGGAAAGGCGUUCACUUGCAUUAGUAAAUUAAAACGACACCAGGUCACCCACAGUGGAAUUAAAGCAUUUGUCUGCGGCGAGUGUGGAAAGGCUUUUACAGAGAAGGGUGAUUUGAAAAGACACCAGUUUGUCCACAGUGGGGUUAAACCAUUCACCUGUGAGCAGUGUGGAAAGUCUUUUACUUGCCCGAGUAAAUUAAAAACACAUAAGCUCAUCCACAGUGGAAUUACAGCAUUCACCUGUGAGCAGUGUGGAAAGGGUUUUGCUUUCAGUGGGAUCUUAAAGAAACACCAGCUGAUCCACAGUGGGGUUAAACCAUUCAAGUGUGAUCAGUGUGGAAAGUGUUUCACUCGCAGGGGUGAUUUAAAAACACACCAGUUCACCCACAGUGACGUUAAGCCUUUCAGCUGUGAGGAGUGUGGAAAAGGUUUUGUUAGCCACAGGAGCUUAAAAAGACAUCAGCUCAUCCACAGUGGGGUUAAAGCAUUCAUCUGUGGGGAGUGUGGAAAGGCCUUUACUGAGAUGGGUGAAUUGAAAAGACACCAGUUUACCCACAGUGGGGUUAAACCAUUCAGCUGCGAUCAGUGUGGAAAGUGUUUUAGUCAGAAAGGUGAUUUAAAAAAUCACCAGCUCCUCCACAGUGGAAUUAAACCAUUCAGCUGUGGUCAGUGUGGAAAGGCCUUUACGCUGAUUACUAACCUACGGAGACAUCAGCUCACCCACAGUGGGGUUAAACCGUUCAGCUGUGGUCAGUGUGGAAAGGCCUUUACUCAUAAAAGAUACUUAAUAAACCAUCUGCAAACCCACUCUGGACAUAAGCAGUAAAUGUGUGACGUCUGUGGAGAAGCAGCCUAAAACCAAAGCAUGGACACUCCACAGUGGCAUCCGUCGUCUGCCUUUUAUCCAAAUUAUUGGAGUUCUGAAGUAACACUGUAACCAGAGAGACCCUCAAAUCCCUCUCUAUGGUAAUAACAUCAUCGUAUCAUUUUAAAAUCUUUUGAUUCAUAAAAUGUUAUUAAAGAAUGAACAGUGGGGUGCUGGGAUCGCCACUCCUUGCUUUGUACACUAUUCUUACUGCUUUCUUUUAAACAUACUGAGUUUGUCAUUGUUUUAUGUU